AUGGUUCCAUUCCAACGGGGAUUGGUUGGAAACCCGAGGGUGGUGUGGCGUGCUUUUUUUGUCGCCGUUUUUCUCUCAGGCAAUGAUGGCUCUUCUUCCUUGUUCUUGCUGUUGUCGACGUUCCGACUGCCCCGUGGUGAGGCGGUGAGCAAGACAGCCGACCGGCGUCUUGAGAAAUAGUGUAUACUGAAGGAAAUAGUGUAAUGAUAAAAGAUACACAAGACUCUCUCCGGGAGAUAGGUAGCUUGCCUCCCGGGGGCGAGGCAACAGGACAUGGUCGAUGUCAUCGCGGUCGCAACGUUGCAUCUCAACGUCAUGACGUUCGGUACGUGAGUGCCGGUUUUGCAUACAACCUGCAGAGUUUGCCUGGAAUUUUGCAUCAUGUGCGGGAUAUUUUUUUUUGUCGCCGUGAAUUUUGGCGGGUGUGUGAGUAGGUGCGUUGAGGCUAGGGACGUCUUUGCCGCAGGUCCUACUGCUGUAAUCGGUGGCGUUUGAUCACUCGCGCCUAUGUAUUCGUGUCGUCCAUGGUCGGUCGCCCCGGUGGUCUAGUUGGUAUCCUCGAAACCUUCUAUUUAGAGGUCAGGGUCAGGGGUCCGGAUCCCGGCGUAAGCGAGCUUU